AUGACCGUGCCUCCAGCAAGGAGCACCAGACAGACUGGCCUGGCCGCUCUCGCUUGCACUGGAUGCAGAAAGCAGCACCUCAAAUGCGAUGCGAAGAGGCCAGUGUGCUCGAGAUGCAUGCAGAACGGAGAGACUUGCUACUAUGAACCUUCUCGAAGAGGCGGGCGAAGGAAACCUCGCCCGCAGUCAAUUGCAUCCGAGGGACAAGGCACCCUGAUGUCCGGUGAUCGUCAGAUGCAGGAUAGGUCGAGCAUCAAUGCAACUGUCGCGCCGACCUCAACAUCCAGAGAAGCCUCAACAUGUGCUCCAGCAUCGGAACGCCGAAACAUCGGAAAUCAUACGGUCGCACCUAACUCAAGAGAUGGGCCUACUCCAGUCAAUCCCGAUGGUGAUCUACUAUCAUACCUCUCAGACAUGACAACCGAUCACCUAUCGUGGUUUAUGCCAACUCCGAGGGAUACGUCCAAUGGUAUCCGCUCUCACACAGACACUUCACACCGGCCCUCUUCUGAAAGCGAUCGAUAUCGCCGGCUCUACUACGAAAACUUCCAUACUGCGCAUCCAAUUCUCGUACCAGCGUCAAUGUACGCGUCUCGAGCUUACCCUCACUAUCUGCACCUCGCCGUCGACUUCGCCGGUUCCCACUACUCCCAAACGCCCCCUAGCGAAAACUUGAAAGGUGAAGUUGAAGCAGCGCUUGCUGCCAAUACAGAACUUUCAACCUGCGCAGUCCAGGCGCUAUUGAUUUACUCCAUCGUUCUCUUCUCUCGAGAUGAAAUCGACGAUGCUCACAUCGCGUUUGGCCGGUGUGCUGAAAUUGCCCUGGAAAUUGGCAUGAACCGUGCAGAUUUUGCUUCCUCGAGGCACCCAGAGAACUCAGUCGAGGCUGAAAGCUUGAGGAGAACAUGGUGGGAGCUCUUCGUCGCGGAUGUUUUGAUGGCAAUCCCUCUCAAGACCAUCUCCUUUCGGUGCAGUGCUGUCUCGCCGGAGGUGCCCUUGCCAUGCGAAGAGUCAUUAUACACUGGAAAUUGCGACCUCCCUGAACCACGCAAGGUUCUCGAGUUCAAGAGGAGAAUCCUGCUCGAAGAAGAUGUUGUGUUCUCUUCAUUCAGCUACCGCAUUGAAGCUGCAACCAUCCUUGGCCGGGUGCUGGUUCUCAACCGCCUGAAAGAUUACCACCGCGACCAUUUGCAGGCUAUCGAAAACGCGCUCGUCAGUUGGUCAAAUCACCUGCCGAUGGAGAAGAUGGAAAUUGUGGACCCAUACGGAAACAUGGAUGAGAUGAUGUUCCAGGCGCAUGUCAUCAUCGCUCAUGCGAGUAUGCUUCUUCACUUGCCACGAAGCCGCUUCUACCCUCUGUUGUCGAGUCCUCAAGAUGACUUCAUGCCCUACACGCAUCUUCACUCUUCAUCAGCGUCAACGCGGCUCGUACAGAGCAUCAAGGCUAUGAACGCUUCAAGACGGCUUUCGGACUACAUCUCGUUAUGUCCAAACAUUCAGAAACACACCCCAUUCAUUAUUCCCGCGCUCGCAAUGGCUGGUCUCACUCAACUCGCCACGUCCAAGAACCACUCCGAAGAAUGUUUCGACCACCACUACAACAGAGUAACAUUGGUACUUGGCUGCUUGAAAAAGAUGAAGCGGACGUGGCACCUGGCCGAGCCUGCAUACCACCGGGUGCGAUCAUGUGCCGCGAGGUUGAUCUCGGACUUAAUGGACAAGCUCAACUCUGAACCUCUGUCAAAGUCUGCGGUGUUGACACAGUCAACGCCGCGUGAGUCUGAAGAGAACAACAGCCCCACGGCCGAAGCCGUACCAGCGGUAGCGCAAGUUCAGCUAAUGCCCGAGCUAGACCCCAGUUUCAUUGACCCUAUUUGUUACAACUACUCUCUGUUCAGCUCUUUACCGGAAUUUCAGGACGGGUAG